AUGAAUCAUAUGUGCCCACAGGAGCUCUGCCAUCUGAUGCCUCAGCAGGCGGCUGAUGCUCUGCACGUUGGCUGCCUCUUCAAAGAGGAGCUCAGAGUGAUUCUAAUUCUGACAAAGCUGUAUGACUACAACCUGGGAAGCAUCACAGAGAGCUCUCUUUGGAGGUCAACAGAUUAUGGGACAACGUAUGAGAAACUGAAUGAUAAAGUUGGCCUGAAGACUAUUUUGAGCUACUUGUAUGUUUCUCCAACAAACAAACGGAAGAUUAUGCUGCUGACUGAUCCAGAAGUUGAGAGCAGUUUACUAAUCAGUUCUGAUGAAGGGGCCACCUAUCAAAAAUACCGUCUGAACUUUUACAUCCACAGUCUGCUCUUCCAUCCCAAACAGGAAGAUUGGAUCUUAGCAUACAGCCAAGAUCAGAAGUUAUUCAGUUCAGUGGAGUUUGGCAGAAGAUGGCUGCUUCUUCAUGAGGGAGUUACACCAAACAGGUUCUACUGGUCUAUGAUGGGGUCUGGUAGAGACCCUGAUCUAGUGCACCUGGAGGCAAAGACAGUGGAUGGUCAUGCGCAGUACGUCACCUGCAAGAUGCAGAACUGCAGUGAAGCCGCUCGCAGCAAACCCUUUCCAGGCUAUAUUGACUAUAACUCCCUGAUCGUCCAGGAUGACUAUGUCUUUGUUCAGUUGACAUCAGGAGGAAGACCACAUUAUUACGUUUCUUAUAGGAGGAAUGCAUUUGUUCAGAUGAAGCUUCCAAAGUACACCUUGCCCAAGGACAUGCAUGUUAUCAGCACAGAUGAGAAUCAGGUGUUUGCAGCUGUACAAGAGUGGAACCAGAAUGACACAUACAACCUGUACAUCUCUGACAACCGAGGGGUGUACUUCACCUUGGCCUUGGAAAAUGUCAAGAGUAGUCAUGGGCUGGAGGGGAAUGUGAUGAUUGACCUCUAUGAGGUAGCAGGGAUAAAGGGAAUGUUCUUGGUUAACAAGAAGACUGACAACAAAGUGAAAACUUUCAUCACCUACAAUAAAGGGAGAGACUGGAGUUUGUUGCGGGCUCCGGAUACUGAUCUGAGAGGAAACCCUGUUCACUGUCUCCUACCUUAUUGCUCCCUUCAUCUUCACCUGAAGGUCUCAGAGAAUCCCUAUACCUCAGGAAACAUUGCCAGCCGAGAUACUGCCCCGAGUAUUAUUGUAGCUUCAGGUAAUAUAGGCACCGAACUAUCAGACAAUGACAUCAGCAUGUUUGUUUCUUCUGAUGCUGGGAACACUUGGAGACAGAUCUUUGAGGAAGAGCACAGUGUUCUGUACCUGGACCAAGGUGGAGUACUAGUCGCUAUGAAACACACAUCUCUGCCUAUCAGACAUCUCUGGUUAAGUUUUGAUGAAGGGACAUCUUGGAGCAAGUAUAGUUUUACAUCUAUUCCACUGUUUGUAGAUGGAGUAUUAGGGGAACCUGGAGAAGAAACUCUCAUCAUGACAGUGUUUGGACAUUUCAGCCACCGCUCAGAUUGGCAGCUGGUGAAAGUUGACUACAAGUCCAUUUUUGAUCGGAGGUGUGCAGAAGAGGACUACAGGCCUUGGCAACUUCACAGCCAGGGCCAAGCUUGUAUCAUGGGAGCAAAAAGGAUCUACAGGAAGCGCAAGUCAGAGAAGAAAUGUAUGCAAGGGAAGUUUGCUGGGGCUAUGACCUCAGAGCCCUGCGUGUGCACGGACGCAGACUUUGACUGUGAUUAUGGAUAUGAACGUCACAGCAAUGGCCAGUGUUUACCAGCAUUUUGGUAUAACCCAUCUUCUUUGUCAAAAGACUGUAGCCUUGGACAGAGUUAUCUCAACAGUACUGGAUACCGGAAGGUUGUUUCUAAUAACUGCACGGAUGGUGUGAGGGAACAGUACACAGCAAAACCACAGCAGUGUCCUGGAAAAGCCCCCCAAGGCCUUCGCAUAAUCACAUCUGAUGGCAAACUGACAGCUGAGCAAGGACACAAUGUCACUUUCCUGGUGCAGCUGGAAGAGGGAGACCUCCAGAGAUCCCUCAUUCAGGUGGAUUUUGGAGAUGGCAUCACGGUGUCAUAUGCCAAUCUCAGCUCAGCAGAAGAUGGGAUCAAGCACAUCUACCAGAAUGUGGGCAUAUUCCGAGUGACCGUGCUGGUGGAAAACAGCCUGGGAUCUGAUCACGCUGUCCUCUACCUGCAUGUUACAUGCCCCUUGGAACAUGUUCAUUUAUCUCUACCAUUCGUCACCACAAAAAACAAGGAAGUCAACGCCACGGCAGUACUGUGGCCAAGCCUAGUAGGAACACUUACUUACAUCUGGUGGUUUGGGAACAACACAGAGCCACUGAUCACAUUGGAAGGGAGCAUCACUGUCACAUUUUCCGUGGAAGGGAUGAACACCAUCACUGUGCAGGUCUCAGCAGGAAACACCGUUCUUCAGGAUACGAAGACUAUUGCUGUGUAUGAGCAAUUUCAGUCCCUGCAGUUAUUGUUCUCUUCAAACCUGGAUGACUACAAUCCAGACAUCCCAGAGUGGAGAAGGGACAUCAGCAGAGUAGUCAAGAGAGCUCUGAUGGAGGCAACAGGUAUUUCAAGCAAGCGUAUUCUGGUCGCAGUGCUCCCAGGUCUGCCCACAUCUGCUGAACUCUUCAUUUUACCCUAUCAAGAUGCCACAGGAGAAAAGAAAAGAACAGCAGCAGACCUAGAGCAGAUUUCAGAAACACUGAUGCAGAAACUGAACCAAAACCUGGUCCAUUUUGAUUUGAAGCCAGGGGUCCAAAUCCUUGUCCAUGCUGCCCAUUUAACAGCAGCUCCCCUGGUGGACCUCACUCCCAGUCACAGUGGUUCAGCUAUGCUGAUGCUCCUCUCUGUCGUUUUUGUGGGACUAGCUGUGUUUGUGAUCUACAAGUUCAAAAGGAAGAUUCCUGGCCUUAAUAUAUAUGCACAGAUGCAGAAUGAAAAAGAUCAAGAGAUGGUCAGUCCAGUCAGUCAGAGGGAAAGCAUACCUAAUGUCCCUCAAAGUGAGCUGAUGAGCCCUGAGCAACUAGUAGGUGAGAAGUUGGAAGUCCAGCCCAUAGAGCAACCCCAGGCCACAGUCCAGAACCCAAGGAAAGGAAAUGCAACCAAGGUAGUCUGGACAGAGGACUUCCAAAAGGCUUGUGGAUCACCAAGAGGUUUCAAGCCAAGACCCGGAGCGGAAGUAUUUCCACAGCUGCUGAGCCCCAGAGCACAAAAGAAAUCCCUACCUAUGUAAAUGGUUGAAUUGUGGACACGGAUAUGUAUCUAUAUCUAAAAAAGAGGAGAUCUCACUGCAUUUGGACUUAAUUCUUCAGAUGACAAAGGGUUUUUAGCUUUAAGCCUGUGCAUGUGGACAUUAUACUGAGACCAUAGUGGAACUGCAUUGUACAGGUGUUCAGUUUUAGUGGGGGGUGGGGGGAGAGGAACUGGUACCACUAUUCACUCCUGCGGCCCUUCCCCUCACCUCUCCACUCUCUUUUUUUCUUAUCUGUCUCUAAUUUGUAGAAAAAUCAUAAUGAUAUAGGCC